ACCGCCGCGCGCUGUGCUUUCCACAUCAACCCUACACGGCUGGCUUUCAACCUGGAACCCAGAUGAAGUUGAAGUAAGAUGAGCAGCGUCAAAGUACCACUACUUGAGCCUGAGGCAUCUCUGCCGGCCCCUGACCUAUCCGUGGACCUUCUAAGGCCUCAGGCUUCCCUUCAUGAUGUGGUGGUCCCGGCUGCAGUGGUCGCUGCCGCUGUGGUGGUUGUAGUCGUGGUCGUCCUGUACAAGCUGUGCAGAAGAGUCAAAGACCCUGAGACCGAUUCUCUCAACCCCAGCAUCGUCGUCUACCCGUCAUACCAGGGAUCCACGCCUCAGUUCCUAAACAAAGACAUAGAGUUCGCCUUGCCGCAGCUGCGACAUUCUGAGUCGUUGGAUGAACUUCUGCGAGAACCAGCCAACAGUGAAGAUAGCGAGGGGGAACCUCCUCCACUGCUGGUGCCCAGGGCUACUGGACAGCGGUCAAACUCUUUCAGCAGCUACGGACUAGGGAUGAUAGACCCGGCGUUGUACCAGGGAACUCUCAACUUCGAGGAGGACCUGGACUACCCCGAGGGACACCUUGGGAGAGUGUGGUUCUCCUUGAGGUAUGACGCGGGGUCAGAGAAGUUGCUGGUGUCUCUGCUCAAAGUAAAAAACCUCCCCAGCCGCACAGUGGGUACCGCCAACAACUGCGACCCUGUAGUCAGGGUAUGGGUCACUCCAAAUGGAAGGCGAUAUCAGCAAUCGAGGCAGAAGAAAAAAACCUGCAACCCCUAUUACGACGAAACAUUUAUUUUUCAGGUGGCGCCGAGAGAGUUACCGGAUCACUCUCUACGUAUGAGUGUGACAGACACUGGCCGGACUCGUAGACGAGGAGUCAUCGGUCACAUCUCAUUCCCUCUGAGAGAUCUGGCUAUAGAGUCAUCAGCCACUGAACUGACCGUGCACAAGGUGGACCUGGUCAAGGACACAGUAGACUCAAUCUCAGACCUGGGGGAAAUGUUGGUAUCACUGCUUUACAACGAGAACAGUCAUAGACUCACAGUUUCUGUCUUGGAAGCUAAAAAUCUCAAGUUUCCAGACGAAAAGCAGGACAGUUAUGUGCGUCUGACGCUGAACCAACAUUACCGGACUGUCAAAGUGAAGCGCACCACCACCGCUAGGGGCGCUGACUGUCCCAAGUAUUCUCAGGGGUUCAACUUCAGCGUCCCCUCAUCCAACAUGGACGUGACCAGUGUGAUACUACAAGUCUACCAGGCAGGUGCCAGCUACGGCAAAGAUAAAGAGAUCGGAAAGCUAGUGCUUGGAUCGUACAUGUUCGCACGUGGCAAUACACUGACCCACUGGAACACUGCGUUCGCCAGUCCCAUGGAGCAAAUACAGCAAUGGCACCCUCUAUGUGCUUAGAACACAGAGAAGUAAGACACACUUCUCUGUGCAGAGAGUAAACACAGGUUCAACAAUAAGUUUAAGAGGUAGUUGAGACUCAGGAUUUAUAUUUUUCAAAUUGAUAGCUGAUAAAAUAAAUUCGUUUGGUGCAUAACCCGCCACUUUUUUGUUAGCAAAUCUACGGAAAGUAAAAAUAAGUCUAAUAACACUUGAAAUGUAUAUUUACUUUUAACUCACAAGACGGUAAAUACAUAUAGAAUAUGGUAAGUGGUGAUCGAUUUCGAUUGGACACUACAAUCAUAAUCAGAUCGAAUAAGUGAAUUACCUAUCUAAAUAUGACAAAACAUAUUUUAUAUUUAUUUACCGUCUUGUGAGUUAACAGUAUAAGUGUAUAUACUGUAUGUAUUUCAAGUGAUAUUAGACGUAUUUUAAUUUACUUUACACGUACAAUGCUGAACAAGUUGUUUAUGGAAUUUGUUACAAUCAUUGCCAUCUAUCGAUAUGACAGAAAAUUAAUGUAUGUUGAAUUUUGGACAUCGCUGAAGUAAGAGCAAUGUACUAAUUCCUCCAAGUAAUAAAUACAUGUUACUCAACUUAAACAAUUUAAAGACAUUCAGAUAAAGCUGUAAAAGUUAGGAUUGUAAAGAUAAUUAAAAAAAUAGUUAACACAUAUUUACCACCUCUAUCAAGCAAAGCUUGAAAGUGUAUGACGAACGGUCAAAGUUAAAUUAACAAAUUAAACUACAUGCAUCUUUAAACACAAUUGAAAGUGUGUUAUUGUUUAACACAAUCGUCCCUAAGUAAAAGUAUAACAUACUAAUAAUCUAAAAAAUACAACAUCGGAGGCAAAUCUGUUUCGUAAAAGGUUUGUUUGGUUUUUUAACACCAAUUCACUUACAAUGUCAAAUGUUGUAGUCCGUAAGUGAAAAUUCUAUAAAUAUUGUAAUUUGGUGGUUAUCUUUUUUUAAAUGUAUUAAAUGGAAAGGAAGUUUUAAAAACAUUUUUU